ACGCUUAAGCCUGUACACGCACCUUCGCACCAGGACGCCAGGCAUCCGGCUCGCGCCACACUCGCUCACCGAACUACACUUCCCGGCUUUCCUUGCGCAGCCGUGACACUCUUUGGACCGCGAGUGCGGAUCGGGGUUUCAACAGCUGCUUCUCUCUUCCUCGGACCCGGCCCUGGACCUGUCUCCAGACUCGAACACGGCUCCACCAUGGAGGAGGCGGACCGAAUUCUCAUCCAUUCCCUGCGCCAGGCCGGCACGGCAGUUCCUCCAGAUGUGCAGUCCCUGCGAGCCUUCACCACUGAGUUGGUCGUAGAAGCUGUGGUCCGCUGCCUGCGUGUGAUCAACCCUGCCGUGGGCUCUGGCCUCAGCCCCCUGCUGCCUCUGGCCAUGUCUGCCCGGUUCCGCCUGGCCAUGAGCCUGGCUCAGGCUUGCAUGGACCUGGGCUAUCCCCUGGAGCUUGGCUAUCAGAACUUCCUCUACCCCAGUGAGCCUGAUCUCCGGGACCUGCUUCUCUUCUUGGCUGAGCGUCUGCCCUCUGAUGCCUCUGAGGAUGCAGAUCAGCCUGCAGGUGACUCAGCUAUCCUUCUCCGGGCCAUUGGCAGCCAGAUCCGGGACCAGAUGGCCCUGCCCUGGGUCCCACCCCUCCUUCGCACUCCCAAGCUGCAGCACCUCCAGGGCUCAGCCUCCCAGAAGCCUUUCCACACCACCAGGCUGGUCAUGCCUGAGUUGAGUUCCAGAGGAGGUACGGAGCCCCGGGAGUUCCAGGCAAGUCCUCUGCUGCUUCCAGCCCCCACCCAGGUGCCCCAGCCUGCUGGGAGGGUGGCCUCACUCCUCGAAUGUCAUGCCAUCCAGCUCUGCCAACACAGGGGCCGGGACCGCCCCGGGGAUGAGGACUGGGUCCAACGGGCACCCCGCCAUCCCACCCAGGAAGAUACACGGGCUCAGCGGCAGCGGCUGCAGAAGCACUUGGCCGAGCAUCUCCACCAGGCCUGGGGCCGACUGGGGGCUCCGCCACAGGCCCGAGACCUGGGAGAGCUGCUGCAGGCCUGGGGUGCUGCAGCCAGGAUGGGUGCCUCCAAGGGCUCCCGCUUCACACACUCAGAGAAGUUCACCUUCCAUCCAGAGCCCGAGGUCCAGGCAGCUCAGGUGUCUGAUAUGCCAGUCACCUCCCAGCAGCCUGAACAAGACACAAGGGCAGCUCAGGAGCAGGAGCUGGAGUCUCUUCGGGAACAGCUGGAGGGAGUGAACCGCAACAUUGAAGAGGUUGAAGCCAACAUGAAGACCCUGGGAAUCAGCCUCAUGCAGGUGGAGACGGAGUGUCGGCAGAGUGAGCUCAGCACAGCAGAGCGUGAGCAGGCCCUGCGCUUGAAGAGCCGGGCAGUGGAGCUGCUUCCCGACGGGACUGCCAACCUCGCCAAGCUGCAGCUUGUGGUAGAGAGUAGUGCCCAGCGGGUCAUCCACUUGGCGGGUCAGUGGGAAAAGCACCGGGUCCCUCUUCUGGCUGAGUACCGCCACCUCCGAAAGCUCCAGGAUUGCAGAGAGCUGGAAUCUUCUCGACGGCUGGCAGAGAUCCAGGAGCUGCACCAGAGUGUUCGAGCAGCUGCCGAAGAGGCCCGUAGGAAGGAAGAGGUCUAUAAGCAGCUGGUGUCAGAGCUGGAGACCCUGCCAAGAGAUGUGUCCCGGCUGGCCUAUACCCAGCGCAUCCUGGAGAUUGUGGGCAACAUCCGGAAGCAGAAGGAAGAGAUCACUAAGAUUUUAUCAGAUACAAAAGAGCUUCAGAAGGAAAUCAACUCCCUGUCUGGGAAGCUGGAUCGGACAUUUGCUGUAACUGAUGAGCUCGUGUUCAAGGAUGCCAAGAAGGAUGAUGCCGUUCGGAAGGCAUACAAGUAUCUAGCUGCCUUGCAUGAGAACUGCAGCCAGCUCAUCCAGACCAUCGAGGAUACAGGCACAAUCAUGCGGGAAGUUCGAGAUCUUGAGGAACAGAUUGAGAUGGAGAUGGGGAAGAAGACGCUCAGCAAUCUGGAGAAGAUCCGCGAGGACUACCGAGCCCUCCGCCAGGAGAAUGCUGGCCUCCUCGGGCGGGUCCGGGAUGCCUGAGGAGCCCCCAGCACCUGUCUGCUCCCAGCCUGGCCUCCAGUGGGGAGUUGAGAUGUUGGGGGCGAUAGCCAAGGGCUUGCCCUAGCCAUUCCCUCUGGUGGCUGCGCAGCUCCUCUUGCUACGGCCUUGGCCCCAGACCCCUGCCCACCUGACCCCCACCCUUAUCUAGGGUGAUCAUCUAGAGCAUGGAAACUCAGCUGCAGUUUAUUGGAGAGGGUACCGGGGUUAAGACCUUGGAUCCCAAAUAAAUGAAGGGCUCUGUCUGCA